AUGGAAACGUUAGUGGAGUCUGCCGAGUUGCAAACCACCACUGUCACAAUGUCUCAUCACAGCCCCACACAAUCCCGUCAGUGGCAAAACAUCGUAAAUGUCUUCAGUAAACGGCACGAGCGGCUGACCGAUAGUGAUGGCGUGCCAAAGCGUAGGUUCAUCAUCAAGAAUGAGUACAUCGAGGACAUCAACCAACAGAUCCAGUCCAAGCUCACCGGCAGGGCUAAGAGCUCCAUCUUCCCGACUGUAUUCGCAACAGCACCCGUCAGCGAGAGGAUGUCUGACAUCUUCGUGUCUCCUGGUUUUAGCUGCUUGGGAAUCUUACUGCCCACCAUAAACCAGACAUUCAAAUCCAAAGAUUUGGAGAAGCUGUACCAGCGCUACUUUGCCCGUCAGAGACGUAUCUCUCUUAUGAUGAUGAACAUCAUAGAUUGUUUCACCAAGUUUAACAUUAUGAUGUUGUUUUUCGUUGUUGCACCUGAACUGAUUGAGCCCUUGCUGACUGGGGUGACUGGCCUAUUCAUUCUGUUCUCUUCCAUGUUGUGUUUUCUGGUGCAAGCCGGCAAAGAUGCCAUAUCACACAACUAUCUGCAAUAUCUUGGACUUGCUACCUGGUUCUAUCAGUCUGUACAGAUUCUCCUGAGCUGGGGCAUGGGCUUGGAAACCAAUGAGACCUGGUUCAUUCUAUUCAUUGUAUUCGGCACUUAUACCAUGCUCCCUAUCCCGCUGCUCUGGGGUAUCCUUGCUGGCUCCAUAUCCUCAGUAGUUCACUUACUAAUUGAAGGAUUUCGGUAUUCCAGAGGUCACAUUCUUCUACAUCAGGUUUAUGUCAAAAUGCUGUUGCUGCUUUGUAUGAACGUAGCCAGUCUUUUCAUAAGCUACCUUUCUGUCCGGGCACAACGAAUGGCAUUCUUGGAGACCAGGAAAAACAUUGAAGGCCGACUCCUGUUGGAGGAUGAAAAUGAAAGACAGGAGAGGCUGGUUCUCUCGGUGUUACCACGUUUCAUGGUGCUGGAGAUCAUUAAUGACAUGUCUGAUGCAGCAGAAAAGCAAGGGGCAUUCCACAAAAUCUAUGUUCACCAAUAUCAGAAUGUAAGACGAAUCCAUAUCUCUGAAGCAACUUUGAAAUGUUUGAAAGGUGAUUAUGAAACUGAAGCAGCUUAUGGUCAAAAACGUAGUGACUUAUUGGAGCAGUAUAAGAUUAAAACCUACUUCAUCAAGCAUGACGAUUUUGCUGGGGAAGCACCACGAAUACGAGUUAGCAUUGCAAAAUCAGAUGCUGGAGCUCCAAAAUUACAGUCUGAACGUAGGAAAACAGAGACCGUUUUCAGCAGCAGUUUUCACAUUGAUGCGAGUCUGCUCCGAGUCUUGGAAGCUGACACCCCAUGGAGGCUUGACCAUCCUUUCAACAGAAUAGUUGGCUUAAAUAAAAUCUUUGCAGCUCUAACGAAAAAAAAGUCCCAAAGGUCUGACACGAACUUGAGCACAGGAGUUCCCUCCUCCAGGUUUGAUGAGAUCAACAGGAGAGUUGAACAUGCCAUUGAGGUGCGCAGCAGUGACAAGCUGCGAGCUGCCUAUCUUAAUGAAAUCACACUAAGUUUUAAAGACUCUGGUGUUGAAAAGAAGCAUUACAGAAAAGAGUUCAGUGCAGCAGAUCACACUGAUACUUACCUUCCAGUCUGUAUCGGGCCUUGGCACCACACUGUACCAGCAACACACCAUGCCAGAAGGAUACUGUGCCAGGAUCCCACGCCAACACCGGGAGGUCACCACACCAACACCGGGAGAUCACCAUGCCGACACCGGGAGAUCACCGUGCUGACACCAGGAGGUCACCACACCAAUACCGGGAGGUCACCACACCAACACCGGGAGAUCACCACACCAACACUGGGAGAUCACCGUGCCGACACCGGGAGAUCACUGUGCCGACACCAGGAGGUCACCACACCAACACUGAGAGGUCACCACACUGACAGCAGGUGGUUACCGUGCCAACACCAAGAGGUCACCACACCAACACCGGGAGGUCACCACACCAACACGGGGAGAGUACCACACCAACACUGGGAGGUCACCACAAUGACACCAGGAGGUUACCACAACAACAUCGGGAGGUCACUACGCCGACACCGAGAGGUCGCUACGCCAACACCGAGAGGACACCACACCAACACCAGGAGGUCACCACGCCAACACCGAGAGGCCACUACACCAACACCAGGAGGUCACCACACCAACACCAGGAGGUCACUACGCCAACAUCGAGAGGCCACCAAACCGACACCGAGAGGCCACUACACCAACACUGAGAGGUCACCACACCAACACCAGGAGGUCAUUACGCCAACACCGGGAGGCCACCACGCCAACACCGGGAGGUCACUACACCGACACCGAGAGGCCACUACACCAACACCGAGAGGCCACUACACCAACACCGGGAGGGAAUUAUCACUGGAGACAGAGAAUUGUUGCCGGAGACAGGGAAUUAUCGCCAGAGGCUGGGAAUCAUCGUUGAAGGUCGGGAAUCGUCGUUGGAGGCCGGGAAUCGUCGCUGGAGGCGGGGAAUCGUCGUUGGAGGCGGGGAAUCGUUGUUGGAGGCCGGGAAUCGUCAAUGGAGGCGGGGAAUUGUCACUGGAGGCGGGGAAUCAUCGUUGGAAGCUGGGAAUCGUCGCUGGAAGCCGGGAAUCGUCGCUGGAGGCCGGGAAUCGCUGUUGGAGGCUGGGAAUCGCCGUUGGAGACCGGGAAUCGUCACUGGAGGCUGGGAAUUGUCGCUGGAGGCCACGAAUUGUCACUGGAGGAUGGGAAUCGUCGCUGGAGGCCGGGUAUCGCAAGGUACGGGAUGAAGUUUUCACAUCUAACGUGGUCUGCUGCUUCAUCGUAUUGCUGUUUACCAUCACUGUGCAAUCUUUAUUUGAAGUACCUGAUUCUUACUCUGAUUGGCAGCGGGGAAUCAUCUUUAUGCUGACGUUCAUGUUUUUGGUGACAGUCUUUUACCAAGGACGACAGAUUGAAGCAACAGCACGACUGGACUUCCUGUGGAGAUUACUGGCCAGACAGGAAAUGGAUGAAAUGGCAGUGAUGCGGAAACAUAAUGAGGAUCUGUUGAACAACAUGCUGCCCAGUCACAUUGCACGGCAUUUCCUCGACAAAGACCCAGAUGAUGAACUGCUGGGUGAUGAACGUUUUCUUAAUAUUGAAAAGAUCAAGACCAUUGGGAGUACGUACAUGGCAGUGUCUGGACUAGCAUCAGAACAACAGGAAACAUUGGAAGAUUCGACACACCUCUGUAGCCUGGCAGACUUUGCACUCGCUCUGGAAAACACCAUGGAGGAGAUUCAUAAACAUUCCCACAUCAAUUUUAAACUCCGUGUUGGAUUUGCUCACGGAGCUGCAGUUUCUGGUGUUAUAGGAGUGAAGAAGCCACAGUUUGACAUCUGGGGUUCAACGGUGAAUUUUGCCAGUCGUAUGGACAGCACUGGCAUCAGUGGCAAGAUACAAGUGCCAAAGGAAACCUCCAGAGUUCUUGAGACCCGUGGCUUUUCUCUCCAAUACAGGGGCCAAGUUUUUAUCAAGGGUGUGUCUGAGACAUUUGGUGAAGUUGAGACAUAUUUCCUGGAAAGGAGAGUCACACAGGCAGCAACACCCAAGUGGAUGAGGAGGCAAAGUGCACAGCACUCCUUUUCUGUUAUCCUGUCAGGCUUAUCCCAGAAAAGUUCGCCAGCAUGGUACCCUCUAUGA